AUGUCCCUUUUUGUCCGCCGAUCCCACCAAUCGCCCCUCUGGCUCUCCCUGCGCAGCUGCUCGCAGAAAAAAGAAAAGAAAAAAGUGGAGCCCCCGAAGCUGGACGAGCCUUUGGGCCGCGAAAUUUACCGAGAAAACCAAGUGGUCCGACUGGUCUUGAACUCCCCGAAGAACCGAAAUGCCCUCUCGUUGGAGCUGAUGAAGACGUUGAGGGAGGAAUUGAGUCAAAUCGACAAAAUCAACAAGGUUCGCGCCGUGAUUUUGGCCGGCGAAGGGCCCGCUUUCUCCGCCGGACACGACCUGAGACAGCUGGUGAGUGGGGUUUGAGGUGAUGCAGUAGCAGACCUGUUCCAUUGGCAAAAAACGUACAUUUUGUGUCCGGGAAGCAUUAAAAAUGCAGCAAAAUACCUCCCUCUCCAAGUGAAAAGGUCAUAUUUCACAAGGAAAGUACUUCUAUGGGGUAUGGAGUUACAGGUCGAGACAUAUAUCAAAAAAAUCGCAAAAUUUUUCUGAUUCAGAAUAUGUAAGAAUUAGCUGCCUAAUUUUGGUUUGUAAGGGUGAAAAAACCCUCGGAACUUUUCUCGAAACACCACGCAAAUGCCUUUUUGACCAAAUUUUUACCAAAUCAAAAGCUUGUUUUUGAGUUAAAGUAAACUCUGAUAUCUUUACAAACCUUAAAAUAUCAAAUUUGAUUUAUACUACACCUUUUAAGGAAUUAAAAUUAGUAGUUCCAAUGUAAAAAAGGCGGUUUUUCAAGGUGUUGCGAGAAAAGUUCCGAGGGUUUUUCACCCUUACAAACCAAAAUUAGGCAGCUAAUUUUUGCAUAUUCUGAAUCAGAAAAAUUUCGCGAAUUUUUUGAUAUAUGACUCUACCUGUAACUCCAUACCCCAUAGAAGUACUUUCCUCGUGAAAACUGGUCUGGUUGUUUGCGUUCAGCUUUGUCACAUCUCCUCUUAUUGAUAUGUGUCUCGACCUGUAACUCCAUACCCCAUGGAUUUUUAAAAAAAAUUUACGUCAGUUCAAAAUUCGAAAAAUUUUUUUCCUAAGCUGAUGUCAAGCCUUUGAAAUCUCAAUAAAAAAUCAUUUCCAGACCGAUGAGAACGGAUUCUCCAAGCACGUGGAGAUUUUCUCCGAAUGCACCAAGUUGAUGUCCCUGAUCCGAGCGAUGCAAUUGCCAGUAAUCGCCGAAGUGAACGGAAUUGCCAGUGCCGCUGGCUGCCAAUUGGUCUCAACUUGCGAUGUGGUCAUUGCCAGCGAGGAAUCACACUUCUCCGUGCCUGGGUGAGAUUUUUUUUGGAUUUUUUGGAUUUUUGGCCUGCGAAAAUUUGAAUUGACCCCAAAUUUUGAGGUUUAGAUUUUGAUGAAAGUUGGCACAAAUUAAUAAUUUUUUUUUCGAUAUUUGCUAAAUUUUUAACUCGCGUUUUACAGAAAUAUUCGAGAUUUUUAGGUCGAAAAGUUAAAAAAAUCGAUUAAUCUUUUUUUUUUUUUUUGAGAAUUUCGGAUAGAAAAAUUGUGAGUUUAUUUUGAAUCCCUAGUACAAUGUUUUGUCAAAAAAACAUUAUAAUUUUGACAGAAAAGUUGCAGAGAUACGGCCAAAAAACGUUUUUUUUUCUCUGACCGUCUCCCUAUUUCCAUAGUCUCUCACCGAAAAAAGAUUGCUGAAUAUCUCGGUGCUCUCUUGAAAGCGCGAGCUAAAAUUUUCAGAACUUCAUGUAUGGCCCAUAGAUAAAAUCUAGGCCAAAAUUUAUCCAAAAUCGAAGAAUAUUUUUUUUUUGAAUUCGUAUUUUAGCUUGAAAGUGGGGCUCUUCUGCUCGACGCCAGGCAUCCCAUUGGGCCGAAGCAUCAACGACAAAUUGGCCAUGGACAUGCUUUUGACGGCGAGGAGCAUCAAGGCUAACGGUAAGAAAAUCUUGAAAAGUUUUCGUGGUGGGACCCAAAAUUUUUAUAACGGAAGACGUUUUUUGUGCCGCUUUUUAACUUUUUACGUUGUCAGAGCUAAUUUUUUUCAAUUUUUUUGCUUUUCCUGAAGGUUUUCUUGAUUUCCAAGUUUUCGUGGUGGGACCCAAAAUUUUUUUUAUUGAUCGUCGAUAUGAACUUAAAAUACAUCCUAAUCUUUACGGCGUAUUUUAAGUUAGUUUUGUUGAUCAAUUUUUUAAUUUUGGGGAUUUUAAGGAUUUCGUGGUGGGACCCAAAAUUAAAAAGUUUUUUGCGAAAAUGGAGUUUUUUUCCGUAUUUUAAAUUUGGUUAAGAGCUUUAGAGGCUUUAUAUUGCCUCUAAGAUUAUUUUUGAGUGCUUUGAAAAUUUUCAAAAUUUUCGUGGUGGGACCAAAUGCAAUUUUUAAAAAUUCGUUUUCUCGGUUCGUAUUUUAUAAAUUGUGAUUUAGUAGGUGAUUUUAUUCGAUUUUUUGCUAGAAUAUUCAAUUAAAAAAAAUUUUUUGCUCCAAAAAUUCGCAAAAUUCCCCCCAAAAUCCCGAAAUUUUGACCUCAAAAAAUUGAUUAAAUGUUUUCCCGAGAACCCCCCGCAUUUUUGCUUCCAGAAGCCCUUCGUGCCGGCCUGGUCUCCCGCGUGGUGCCGUCGGAGCAGGUAAAGUUCGAGGCGCUGAAGGUCGCCGAAGAAAUUUGCAAAAUGAGCCGAAGUGUGACCGCCCUGGGAAAGGCCUUUUACUACGCCCAAAAAGAGAUGAAACUGGCUGAUGCUUACAGGUAGGCACAUGGAGUCAUAUUUGUUAUCGGCUGAUAGGAAAGGGAACGGAGAUUUUUGGGGAUGAAAGUGAUUUUUGCGACGAAAAAUUUGGAAAUUUGAGAGAAAAUCGGGAUUUUUUGAAGUUUUUUGAUGAAAAUUGUUGUAUUUUGGGGAGGAAUUUUACAGAUGAGUGUGAGAAUAGAUUAUCUGUGGUAUGUAAAGGUAGAAACCGAAAAAGAGUUUUGAAUUUUUUGACGAAAAAUUUGGAAAUUUGAGAAAAAAUUAAGAUUUUUUUGCAUUUUCUUGGCCAAAUUGAUUCUUUUUUUGAUAAAAAAUUGUGAAAUCGAAGAAGAAAUAGCUUGUUUACGCCGUAUAAGGAUGAAAACACAAAAAUAGUUUUGAAUUUUUACCCAAAAAUUUAAAAAUUUGAGAAAAAAUCGAAAAUUUUUAAGAAAAAUGGGAAAAUUUUACUUUUGAUUCGAAUAGAAUGGAAAUAAAUGGUUGGAAAUUGAUUUGAGAAGUGUAAAAUAUGAGAUUCUUUAUCAGAAAAGCAUUUUUGAAAAAAAAAAUUGAUUUUUUGAACGUGGAAAGUACUUCUAUGGGGUAUGGAGUUACUGUCGAGACAUAUAUCAAAAAAAUCGCAAUUUUUUCUGAUUCAAAAUAUGUAAAAAUUAGCUGCCCAAUUUUGGUUUGUAAUGGCGAAAAAACCCUCAGAACUUCUCUCCCAACACCACGCAAAUGCCCCUUUUUAUUUUGGAACUACUAUUUUAAUACCUUGAAAGGUGUAAUAUAAAUCAAAUUUGAUAUUGUAAGAUUUGUCAAGAUGUCAAGGUUUACUUUAGCUCAAAACAAAGUUUUUGAUUUGGUAAAAACUUGGUCAAAAAGGCAUGUGUUGCGAGAAAAGUUCUGAGGGUUUUUUUACUCUUACAAACCAAAAUUGGGCAACUAAUUUUUACAUAAGAAAAAUUUUGCGAUUUUUUUUGAUAUAUGUCUCGACUUGUAACUCCAUACCCUAGAUGUACUUUCCCUGUUCAAAAAAUGAAAUUUUUUUUUUAAAAAUGCAGUUCUGACAAAAAAAAUCUCGUAUUUUACACUUCUCAGAUAAAUUUCCAACCAUUUGUUUCCAUUAUAUUCAAAUCAAACGUAAAAAUUUCCCAAUUUUUCACGAAAAUUUUCGAUUUCUUUUCAAAUUUCCAAAAUUUUCAUCAAAAAAUUCAAAACUCUUUUUCGAUUUCUAUCUUUACAUAAUACGGAGAAUCUAAGAAUCUGAAUUUUUUGACAUAUGUCUCGACCUGUAACUCCAUACCUCAUAGAAGUACUUUCCUUGUUAAAAUUUUUUUAUUUUUCUUUUUUAUGCCAAACUUGAACUUCUAAACCAUUUUUGGACAUGUUAUGCGAAGUUUUACAACUCCUCCAUAUUGCUGCCCUUAGGUCUUCCGGGUUUACGAUCCCCAUUCUCCGGCCCCAAAAUUCAUGGCCCGGAAAUUUAACGACACCCCGCCUCGCAUUUUAGGACCGGAAUUCGGUCCUACGGUAGGGAUUAAGAAGCGCCUGCCUCUAUCCCCUCAGGCAGUCGCCCUCUCUUCCACCCAACUUUUUACGAGCUCCAAAUUGAUUAAAACCCCGAAAAGAAACGACAAAAAUUCGCCGAAAGCAUACUGUAGCGGCGCACAACAAGAAUUCGGCUGAUGUUUCGGAGAUCGCACAUUGUGUGUGCAGCCUUUUCCAGCUGUUUUUUUUACAACUUUGGGGAGGUUUUUUGAGACUUUUUUGCGAAUUGAGCAAAAGAAGUCAUGGGUAAGAUCGGAAUUGAAUUUAUGGCGGAAAGAGACGGUAAAUUGGAAAAAUUGAGCGAGUAGAUUACUGUAGAAGUAUUGGAGAGUAAUUAGAGAACAAAUGGAGUUUAUUAAGACCGGUAAUUUAGUAGUUAUGAGUUGUUUUUGCGGAAGAACAUUAAAUUUUGGAGAUGUGUAAAAAAUGGUUAUAAAAUUGGAAAAUCGAAGUGAAUAUGGGUUGAUAUGGCCUAAAUUUAAUGUAAAUCGCAUCAGGAUUUAUUUUAGUGAGUUUGAAUUUUAUUAGUGCAGAAUGCCAAAUUUGGCGGGAAAUUUAAAAUUUGAAAAUAAUUGGAAAAAUAUGGAAAGCGGAGGUUUUUAAUGGAACGGCAUCUGUAGAAUGCGUAUUUUACAAUCAAUAAAAUUAUUUUUUAUGCUUUUUAGCCUUCAAUUUCGUCAUCUAUAAGUUUUUCAAAUUUUGCACUGUGCAAUAAAACCAAAAAUUCCGAUUUUUUGAGAAUGCAUUAACUUUUCAAAAUUUAAGUUUUAUUUAUAUUGAAUACAUUGUGUUGCAAUAUGAAUGAGUCAUUUUUUAAACUUGCAAUACAUUUUACUUCAACGUUAUAGUCAAUUUUUUUAAAUCUGCACUGUGCAGAAACGAGAAAUGCCAAAAUUUCCGAUUUUUUGCUGACUUCCCUCAUUCUUUGCGAAUAUUCGAAUACCAUGUCAUGUAAAAUGGGUUGUUACGUCGGUUGAUGACAGCGCGGACAUGGCCCGCACCUGCCCUUGGCCCCAAUCUUGGGUUUAAUGCGCGAAAAGCCGGACGCCAAAUCCCCCGGGGGAUCCGUCUUAAGACUGUUGUCGUACGAAGGGAUUUCCCGGGCCUAUUUAUUUACGACUCCGGCCGUACCCGGUAAACGACUCCGCGAAAUGAAUGGAAAAUUACGGUCCGCGCGAAUAUUGCGCCAAAUUGCGACAUCAGUGCAUUAUCGUAAUUUUUGUGGCCCAUCUGCCCGCGACCCGGCCCCGACCGGGGUCACUACGGUAAUUGCGGUAAUUUGGGGUCAGAAUUAAUUGGACAAUAUUCUUAUUGGCAUUCGAGAAAGUUAAGAGAACGAAAUUAGGGCUUUUAGCGAAAUGCACAGUGCAGUGGAAUUUAAUGGGUAAUUGCACAGUGCGCAAAUGGUUUUUGAAAUCAUGAAAUUGUGGAAUACACUGAAGAUGGUUCAUGGUAAAAUAUGUUUUUUGAAUUUUUCAAAAAUUUUGAGGUUGAACCGCAAAUUUCGAAACUUUCGAUUUUUGCACGGUGCGGAACGAUUUUUCUUAAUUUCCGCACGGUGCAAUAAAAUAUGGCGGUGUUUUUGUUUCUAAAUAAGUUGAGGAUGAUUUUCUGAUGAUAUUGCUAUUAAUUUUAUUCUACCCAAAUUGCAUAGUGCGGCAAAAAUUUGGGAUUUUUUGGACUGCACUGUGCAAAAUGGAAAAAUUGGAUUUUGCACUGUGCAGAUUGAAAAAUUGAAGGGUUUUUGUUCUGAAAAUAGUUGAGGGCUUACUGCAGGUCAUUUUCGGAUCAUUUUAGUUUGAUAAUUCUGCACAGUGCGGCAAAAAUUUGAGAUUUUUUGGGCUGCACUGUGCAAAAUGGAAAAAUCUGAUUUUGCACAGUGCAGAUAGAAAAAUUUAAGAGUUUUUGUUCUGAAAAUAGUUGAGUGCUUACUACUGAUCAUUUUAGAGUUAAUUUAUUUUGAAUAAUCCGCACAGUGCGGUGAAAAUUUGAGAUUUUUUGGGCUGCACUGUGCAAAAUGGAAAAAUUGGAUUUUGCACUGUGCAAAUAAAAAAAAUUUGUAUUUUUGCGAGUUAAUGUCAAAAUUAGUGAAUUUUUGAUUGUUAGAUAGUACUAUCCUUUCUAUUUUUACCAAAAAAUUUCUAUAUUUUUCUCAACUUUUUUCUGCCUGUGGCCCUCACAAAUUAAUUAUUUUCUCCCCGCCAUCUCGGCGUUUCUUUCACUUCCACACCGCCAACAAAUCCAUCAAAAAAUUGUUGUCAAAGGUCGGAGGAAAUUUCGUUGGCAUCACGCACACUCAUAACUUAUGCCGGCGACAUUCUUCUCGGAAAUGUCAAUUUUACGGCCCUCAGGGCUGGUGAAGAAUGAAAAUGCGGCCGGAUUUGGACAGCACCUUCAACUUUAGCUGGGGGCAUCAAUGUUUGGAAUUUUGAAUUGCGACUACGGUAGUUGGGUUACGGUAAUCGGAGAGGGGAAUGGGGGAUUUGUAGAACGUUUUUUAUGAAAGAGGGGUAAAAUACGGAUGGUAUGAAGAUCUCGCCUCAGCUAAUAUCAAGUGAUAUCUGACUGGUUGGAUUACUGUAAUUUUAAUAUUCCAAAAAAAAAUUUUUUUUGGUAUUUUGAAAAAUGCAAGAUGACGAUAAUGUUACAGUAACCCGUCUAGUAAAAUUUUGAGUUUAAUCGAUCAAUUUUCAUGGGAAUAUGAUAAUGGGAUUACUGUAGCAUACAUUUUUUCAAUUAUCUAGAAUUUUUCAUCUUUUUUGAAAAUUGUGUAGAAUAUGAUGUUACAGUAAUCCUGUGGACUAAAUUUGGGGGCUAAAAUAGAUUUUAGAGGUUGUAAAAGCUAUUUGGGUUACUAUAACUUCAUGAAAUUGCAAAAAAAUUCAAUUUUUUCUCUAGAAAACUUCUAUGAGAUAUGGUGUUACAGGUCCAGACAUGUAUCAAAAAAUUCACAAAGUUUUUCUGAUUCUGAAUAUCUAAAAAUUAGCUGCCCAAUUUUGGUUUUUAAGGGCGAAAAAUCCGCAGAACUUUGCUUGCAACACCACGCAAAUGCCUUUUUGACCAAGUUUUUACCAAAUCAAAGUCUUUGUUUUGAGCUGAAGUAAACCCUGGAAUCAUGACUAGCCUUUGAUUAAUACUACUUAAUAGUAGUUAAAAAGUAAAAAAGGGGCAUUUGCGUGGUGUUGCAAGUAAAGUUCUGGGGGUUUUUUCGCCAUUAAAAACCAAAAUUGGGCAGCUAAUUUUCACAUAUUCUGAAUCAGAAGAAUUUUGCGAUUUUUUGAUAUAUGUCUCGACCUGUAACUCCAUACCUCAUAAAAGUACUUUCCUUGUAAAAAAUAAUCAGAAAAGUAUGUUACAGUAAACACUCAACGAAAUUUCCGGUCUAAUAAGUCGUUUAUAAUACAUACAUAAAUGGCAUACGGAUUACUGUAGUCUGAGAAAAUUUUGAAAAAGUAACAAUAAUCUUUUCAACUUGUCCCAUCUUUGUGCCCAAACGGCUACAGUACGAAAAGAAAAUCCAUUCCCGGCUGAGUCCUUAUCGUUCCGGCUUAAUCUGCUUUAUGAAUCCGCAUGCGCAAGGAGCGGACCGGACGCGAGAUUGAUCUGCAAUAUUGUUUGUCGCUGGCGUCCUUUCUCAUCGCCCCGCUUCCUUCGGUUUUAAUCUCGGGCAUUUCCGCUUCUAGCCGAAAAAAGGAGAUCCCAAAAUUAAUAAAAACCGAAAAGAGAGGGGCUCGAAGAGGGAAAGGGGCGAUGAAUCCGGAAUGCUGGGGAAGUAGGGAGUCUGUAAUUUGAAAAUUUGUAAAAAAAAGUUUUUGGAAAAUGAUGAGAAAACGGGAUUUUUGGAAAAUUUUGUGGAAAGUCUGGCAUUUUUGGGGAAAGUCGGGUAAAAUACGGGGUUUGUGGCGAUAACUCGUCAUGUAUAGACUAAAACUAGAAUCUAGAGUACUUAUAGAACGAUUAUAUUGACAUAGAAGUCAAGAAAAAUUAUGAAAAUUUUAGAAAAACAAGUUUUUGCCAAAAAAAAAUAUCUGAAUUUGAUGAUUCUUUGGUGGGAAAUUGUAAAAUACGACGUGUGGUCUUGCAUUAUCAACGAUUUUCAAGAAAUUUUAUUUCUAAAUGUCAAAAAAAUGCGGCGAAAACGAGAUUUUUUUGGUCAUGGAGGGAGAAACCUGGGCAAAAUACGUUUAUCAGAGCUGGAUAUUUAAGUCUAAUGACUUCAACGAGUACUUAGACUACCUAUAGAGGCUUUCUAUUAGAAUAUUUUUUAUCUAAAAUUAUGAAAGUCGCGAAAAAAAUCGAUUUUUUUGCCAAAAAUUAUCCAAAUUACAGUGAUCCAGCGGCAAAAAACGUUCCAUUUUCCAUCCGGGAAGCAUCAAAAAUGUGGCAAAAUACAAAUACUUCCUUCUCCAAGUGAAAAAACUUUGUUUUGAAUUGCGCGCCCUUUCCCUCAAAAAAAGAGCGGGCGCGCUUUUGAAAUCUGAGUUUUUUCACUUGGAGAGGGAGGUAUUUUACCACAUUUUUCAAUACUUCCCGGAUGCAAAAUGGUACGUUUUUUGCCACUGGAUCAGGUCCCCCACUGUUUAUGGUUUUUAGUUAGAUACUUGUAAAAUACGUUGAAUAGUUUAUAAUGUUGUCGGACAUAUUUAGUUUACAUUAGAUUUUCAAGACAUUUUAUAAUGACACUAUGUCAAGAAAAGACGAAAAUUUGCGAAGAGAACGAGAUUUUUUCAAAUUUAAAGGGAAACUUGGGCAAAAUACGAGGGAGAAAGUGCCAUCAUCAUGUUUUAAUGGCUUUGGCAAGUGUCUAGGAGUGUCUAGAUUACUUGUAGAGGUUUUGUAUGAGAAUUGCGUUCAAUCAAUUUCAUGAAAGUCCUGAAAAAUCGAAUUUUAUAUCAAAAAUCUUCAAAAUUUGGUGAUAUUUGAUUAAAAACUUGUAAAAUACGGCCAUUUAUAGUGUGAAAUUGCUUACACUACUUUUUCGAAACAUUUUUUGUCAAAGAAAAUUUGCAAAAUCGGGGAGAAAAGUGUUCAAAGUUGAAAUUUUUUUUGGAAUUUUUGUGGAAAUUGGCUAAAAUACGAAAAAUUGGAGCGUAAAUUAAUGUAUAUUUACUUUAAUUAGUAACUAGAUUAGUUUUAGAGCCUCUGAAUUUGCAUACUGCUCAAUAAAAAAUAUGAAAAAUGUCGAAAAAUUUUAAAUUUUUAGACAAAAAUUAUCAAAAUUUGAUAAUUUUGGGGGAAAUUUUGUAAAAUACGAUGUAUCUUUUAGAAUGUUGUUAUUUGAGGCAGUCUCCGUUACACUACAAGGAUUUUUACCUCCAAAAAUUACCGUAUUUCCUCCGUUUCCCCCCAUUUCCCAUCAAUUUUCCCAUAAACCUACCGUAACCCAGAAAUAAAUUUUUUUUGAUUCCAGAUUCGGCGAAAAGGUGAUGACCGAGAACCUGAAACUGAAGGAUUGUCAAGAAGGCAUCGACGCCUUCAUUGAGAAGCGCCCCGCCACCUGGACCCACUCCGACGACCGUGUUGGCCAGGAGUGA